AGCGCGGGGAGAAGGGCGUGAGGGAAAGUCUACGGAAAGGUUUCCCUUCCGGGUCGCGUAGAUCGUUCUGCGUGAGGGGGAGGAGCAGGCGGGCCGACUGCGCGGGGGAUGGAGCGGGACCUGCUCCGCCAGGCGCUCGGCUUUCACGGGCCGGCGCUGCUCCCCUUGCUCCGCACAGAGCAGCACGACAACCCCGACUUCCGAGGCCUCCUGCCGCCGGGCGGGCCUGGCCUGGAGGCGCUGCCGCCAGCCAGGUGAGCGGGCCCUGCCUUGGCUGGGGGGAGGGGGAGGGGAAAGGGGCGGGGCCUCUGGGUGGGCGCGUGUUGCGUCAUCUAGUCCAACCCCCUUUCAGUGCAGGAAUCCUUUUUGCCCGGCGUGGGAUUCGAACCCGCGACCCUGAGAGGAAGAGUCUGGCCGCCUGAGCUCUCCCAGGGUUUGUUUUUAUUUUGCAGCCCGCCCCUGAGGCUCUGUAUUAUCCCAUGAAAGAGCGCCUCUGAACAUGUGUAGGUGCUUUUAUUAUUAUUAUUAUUAUUAUUAUUAUUUAUUAUUUAUACCCCGCCCAUCUGGCUGGGUUUCCCCAGCCACUCUGGACGGCUUCCAACAAAACACUAAAAUACAAUAACCUAUUAAACGUAUACCAUAUAUAUAUAUAUAUAUAUAUAUACCUUAAAUAUAUCAUAGCAGGUUUUGCUUGAUAAGGUUUGAAAGCAGGCUGUAGCUGUAGGAAGUUGCCCUAUUCUCUUUCAAGCUUGUUGGUGCAUCUAGUUCAAAAUGGAUGGCUCUCGACUGGCAGCGACCGAAGGGUUUCAGACAAGAUUCUUCUCCAGCCCUACCUGGGGAUUUGAACUCGGGGCCUUCUGUGAUCAACGCACCUGCUCCAUUGCUCAGCGUCUUUCUAGAAAUUUGCCACUGGAGCACCCUCCCUCUUUCCACAACAUAAACAUGUCCGUUCCCCUCCCCCCCCAUGUGGCAUUCUGUGUUGUAUGAUGUAAAGCCCCAAUCCUCCUCCAGCACAGCAGUUAGAUGUUAGUACUUCUGUGCCAUCCAGCUGUGCCCUCAUAUCCCAGCUUGAUCACUUAAGAUCAUUGCAGGAAUGACACUGGUUUUAUUCUGAGUUGGUGACAGUCAUUUGACAUUAACAUGAAACAAAGCCUCUGGUGUCAUUGGCCCAGUCCUGUGGAAUAUUGGUGUCAAUAGAUUCAGCCGCCUUGAGCAUGGUUUUAACUAUGGAAAGGUGGCAUACAAGUAAAAUGUUGAUGGUGGUAAUGAUGAGAACUUGAGCAGUGACAUCUAUUUAAACUUUUAAAUGUCUGCUGAAAAACUUCUAUUCUGCCAAGCUUAUGCAGGCAAUUAAGAACACAUCUUUCCAUAACAGUUAACUGAUGGUCUCUGGUUUUAAUUUUUAUGUGCUUUUAUUAUAUACAGAUACUACUGUAAGCUGCUUUGAUAUUCUUAUGAUAAAGUGGCAUAGGAAUAUUUUUAUAAACAAAUAACACACACGAGCAUAUAUAUACGGGUGUGUGUACAUAUAUAGCAUUGGCAGUCACCAACCAGCUAUGUCAGACUCCAGAACGUACUAGGGAAGCAGCUUUAAAUUUGAUAGGAAUUCUGAAUAAACAUACUGAGGAAUGUACAGAUAUCAGUUUAAUGGCAUCAAGAAAGAAACAUAUGUUUAAUGAUAUGCUAAAGGCUGAAAGGGUAGCUGACUAAGAGCUAAUGUGUUUUGAAUGCAAAAGUGGCUCAAGGCAGAAUUAGACAAUCAUGUUCCUAAACAUAUAAUUACAAAGCAUCAGCUGGAAGAGCAAAGUUGUGCACUUUACAGCAGACUUACUAGAAUGAGGUAGUGUGUUUUCUAUCUACAAUGCUGUUAUAGUAAUCAAGUUGCCAAGUUCUCAUUUGGAACAGUGUUCCUUUAGGGCAGGGGUAGGGAACCUUUUGAAAAUUUUAGGAAAUGCAAGCCUGCUACAUCUGAAAGAGCAGGAAAAAUAUAUAGGACCACAAAAGAGUGGAUAUGCCCCUGUCAUCACCUGCUUCGUCUGUGGGAAAAGCACUUGCAUCAGCCACCUUGCAGUCAAAGAGAGAAACUCCUUGCACCUUUCCUCCAUUCACAGCGGGGCAGGGGGGGUCUGACUUUCCAAACCUGCACGUUUUGAAGGGUGCAUGCUGCAUGUAGGAAAGGCUGAGUCAGUGCAGACAGGAAUUGAGCAGUAAAAGCAGAGAGUUUGAUUUGGUUGAUUACGUUUCUAUGCUGCUUUUCAUGCAAAUGAAUCCCAAAGCAGCUUAUAAGCAGUAAAUAAUAACAACAUGAUAGAACAUCACCAAUAUAGGCAGUGACCGAUUUGCGUGGGGGUUGCAUGCCUUGGCACUGCACACUUAUGUGAAAUCGUGUAUAAUUGGAACACCCAUUACAAAAGCCUACAAACACGCCAUUCCUUCCCCACCCCCUUUUGUGACAUUUUCGGGUCACUUCUGGGUUCAGCGUGUGGUGCUUCGCGGUUGCACACAUAUCAGACGCACCUCAAAGUCACUGCCUGUAUAGCAUAAAUCACACAGAACAAAUAACAAAUCUUCAGUGAAACAGUUACAGUCUAUAAAACACUGUUACCAAAACAACAACUAAAAAAUAAGUUAAACAUCACUGUUAAAGCAAAAGUCAUAUUGUAUGCUUAACAAAUCAAUACAGCAUUUAUAAUCUGUAAAACAAUAUCGACAACAUUAACAAAAUAGCCGCCAUAAAAUAAACUAAGCACUGUUAAGUUCAUACACGCUCCCUCCACACACCCACGACUCAUAAUGUUUUACUCUAUUCAGCUCAUUAAAAUACACAUAGUGGCAGCAACUCCCUUCUGAAGGUUCCUCGGCCUGGAAGUGGGGCAGCACAGGUGAAACCCACCACCCCCUCUGUCCAAUACAGGGUCUCUCUCCCCUCAGUUCUUUCUCUGCAAAUGGCUCCCUUAUGAAGGCUCCUGGGGCUGGAGAGUGGCUUUUUGAGGGAACAUUUACUCAGGUCUAUGUAAAGAAGGGACGCGGGUGGCGCUGUGGUCUAAACCACAGAGCCUAGGGCUUGCUGAUCGGAAGGUCGGCGGUUCGAAUCCCCGCAACGGGGUGAGCUCCCAUUGCUCGGUCCCAGCUCCUGCCCACCUAGCAGUUCGGAAGCACGUCAAAGUGCAAGUAGAUAAAUAGGUACCGCUCCAGCGGGAAGGUAAACAGAGUUUCUGUGCGCUGCUCUGGUUCGCCAGAAGCGGCUUAGUCAUGCUAGCCACAUGACCUGGAAGCUGUCUGCGAACAAACGCCGGCUCCCUCGGCCUAUAGAGCGAGAUGAGCGCCGCAACCCCAGAGUCAUCCGCGACUGGACCUAACGGUCAGAGGUACCUUUACCUUUAUCGAUGUAAAGAGACCUUUCUGUGGGUAGCAUGGGAGGUGUCACCCCAGGUUGGUGGGCCCUGAUUUAGGAGGUGCUAAUCUCUUUUCUUUGCUGUUUCAGGAAAGAGAGAGGACUUGAAAAUAUUGAGAUACAGCAUUUCAUUGCAAAAAAAGCUGAUCUCCUUUUUUCUCAUGCUUGGAAAACAAAUGUGCCAACAACAACAGAAGCAAAUGAAGAGAAUGAAGGUAAGAUUUCUACUAAGACAAGGCAAAAGUUGUAAGUCAUAUUGUGAUUAGUGGUACAUGCUGAUAAGUGCAUCUCCUUAAUGUUUUUUUCUCUUCUUCUCUCACCCCAUGGUCUAGAAAAAUUAAGAAAAACCUUCAUAUGAAAUAUUUUGCUCUUUUAAGUAUUAGAAGUGAAAUAUUUAUUAAAGCAGUUUUUGAAAACAGUACUGUUAUAAUCCGUUCACAUUACUUCUUGAUUUAGAGUUCAAGCAUUGUUAGUAUUUCAGUCAACAGUAAUAUGCUAAGCAACAUUUUUCAGAUGUAGUUGGAAUAGUAUUUGCAAAUGUGGUAGAAUACAGAAUAGCUUCAUAGUGCCAAAGCCUUUGCACAACACAUCAUUUGAUGUCUGUUGCUUCUCACUUGCCUAGGAUUCCUAUAUCAAGUAAAACAAAUCAGUAAAUGUUUAAAUAUAUGCAUAUAUCAUCAAGAAACAUACUAACAGGUGGACUUGGUUUUCAAUGUGUGUAGAUCUUCCAUUUUCUGAAGUUUGUGAAGCUUGAAAGUGGAUAUUUUGAAUUAAAAACUACAGAUGUUUUCAGACACCAAUUUUCACUGGGGAAAUAGUUGUAUUAGUAUUUUCUCUGUUAUUCUGUGCUCUGUCCCGCUAUAUAAUAAAUGUGAUUUUAAUAUAUGCACCAGAACUGGGAUCUCUUGUCUUUGGGGUCAAGUUCCAGCUCUGGUACAAGUAGACAAGUUCUUUAAAUACUAAUUUGGGCCAGGGGAGGAGUGUUCUAAGUGGCUUGUGUGUCAAAAUUGUGAAUAGCUGUAAGAAGCUAUGGCUACAAUCCUAACCCCAAUUGCCUGGGAGUGAGCCCCUCUGAAUUCACUAGAACUUCCUUCUAAGUAGGCAUUUUUAGGAUUGUUCUGUAAGAGUGAAAUGUUAAACCCACUUACCUGUGAGUUUUAGUCCCGUUGAAGUAGGCAUAUGAAAGGUUACACUGUAAGGUGGCAGUUUUUGAUUUAAAAUGUUUUAUGUGAUACAGUGGAUAAUAUCAUAUUUUAAAAACUGUUUGUAUAAUAUUUUAUUUCAACAUGACUCUUUUUAUCUCAAUUGAAGAUUAUUAUGCUACUAUGCCACCUUUGGAGCAGUUCAUGGAUGUUCCCAGUGCAGAGAGGAGAGAGCUGUUUUUCCGUGAUAUUGAGCGUGGGGACAUAGUGAUUGGAAGGAUUAGUUCCAUUCGUGAAUUUGGUUUUUUCAUGGUGCUGUUCUGCCUUCGAAGUGGCGUCACUCGAGAGAUAGCAGAUCUAGAGAUCACUGUAAGUCUGAUGAUAACUAUUCACAUGUGAAUUCUUGCGCUGAAGACACCUUCUGAUGGAUCAUUUUGUUUUGUGUUAGCUUUUUGUACAACAAAUUGGGAGCUGCUUGCUCAGGAAAAGUAAAUGUGUUCUGUGGGACAGUCAGUAGUUUAAAGCUUUUACUGUAGUGUGGCUUUGAAAAGUGGUGAGCUAGAAGAUGUUUCGCUACCUCAGCAAAACAUUUCUCAUUCUUUUUCUGUUUAAAGGUUAUUUUGAGGACAUAAAAGCCUUCAAGUGAACUCUGUUGCAGUUUUGAUAGCAUUUGUGUGGCUCUUUAAAAAGGGAGACAUCUCAAAACGACAUUCUUGCAAACAUUUAUGUAUUUUGCUUUGCGGUAGCUGAGUAGAAUUUGUUUUCAAAUGAAUUCUGCUUCCUUUUUCUGUGCUCAAGGGUGUUAUGCAAAAAUGUAAGUUGUAUGUAUCUUAUUGGAAAAUGUGCAAGAAGCAUUUAUGCUUGGAGAAGCGCCUCUUCGUCUGGAGGAGAGGCCAAAGAUUUUCAUGAGACCCUGUAAACAUAAAAAGAAGGAUCUGCAGGUGAUUUCAUGUUCACUGCCUUACCAUAAGGCUCUCUGUCAGAUCACGUUCUCAUCUUACUGGGAGCUUCUCAGCUUUACAGCAAUUCCUAACCUACGUGGGACACUGGGAGAAUUACGGGGCUGGUGAACACUGCAAAAAUAGGAAGAAAACACAAAUCCACCUCUCUUACCAUGUUUUCCCUUGCGCAUAGCAUAUUGUUCCCUCCCCUUGUGAUUUGGAGCUAAAAUGUCAGCAGGACUGAAUCUUCAGUGUUGCCAUUACAGCAAGUUCAGUCCAACAUGGCUUCUCCUAAGUGAACCCCUCCCUGCAAUGAAUUUAGCUGGCCUGAGAAUUCAUUUAUACAAGUUAUAUGUGUGCCCCUUGCCCCAGCAAGAACAUUUACUGGUCUGGUAAAGCAUGCUAACGUUUUUGGUCAUUUGGUUUCUAUUUCAGGCUCUUUGUCCAUUGAGGGAUGUGCCUUCCCAGAGCAGCCAUGGUGACCCUUUAUCAUACUAUCAAACAGGUGACCUUAUCCAAGGCAAGUUAAUUUGACUUAGACUCUGACUGCCUCACAACUAGAUUCCCCCUUCAUAUUUAUUUUCAGGAAAUGUUGACAGGAUAUUCUGCUGCUUAAAUCAAGCCUUUUUUGUGUUUUAAUAGCUGCAAUCAAGGAUAUUGAUCGCUACCAUGAAAAGCUCACAGUAUCACUGCACAGCUCUGCUCUAUCACCCAGUCUAGCAAGUACCAAAUUAGGAGUAAUCAGCUCAGAAGAUCUGCCUCUGCACUACAGGUAUGAAACAGUAAUAUAAUGCAUCUGCUUUCUUUAGUGGCUCAAUAAACUCUUUGGCACAUACUGGGCUUUCCUGAAUAGAAUAAAAUAUUUGGCCACAUUUGAACAUAAUGCUCAACCAUAGUUUCACACUACGUAAGUCAUCCUAGUCUUCUGGGCUUGCACACUUCGUCCCUUUCCCUCUGCUCCUCCUGUGAGUCUAGAGGGAGGAUUUCUGAAGCUUUCAUUUCCUUUUAGUUAAUGACACUUUGCCCUUUUGUCUAAACUAGGAACUAUAGCCGUCACUAUCAUUAAUUUAAACAAGCCAACUUCGUAACCAGUGGCUGGAAGCUGGCCUGUGUAACUGACCAUUAUUACCAGUCAGACAACAGGAACCCAUGCUUAUCUAAAAGCAAAAGUUUCUAAGGUUUUCCUUGACCUUGCAAUAGGAGUUGGGGUUGGGGUACACACAAUUUCAGAAGCAGCUGGUGAAAUAUUUAAUGUGGCACAUUCUCAUUCUUCAUGCAGUGACUUCUUAGAUACAUGCAGUGUGUUUCUAGCCCAUUAAUGAGUUCUACAUUCACUUCAUUGUGAAGAGGAGAAACAUUUUGCAUUCAGUCUCUAAAUGCUAGAUUGAGGCAGGCUGCCCUAUCCAGUCAAUGGAGACAGAGAAGUUGUGUUUGUUCCUCUCAGAAAACAAAUGGAGGCACAGACCGGGAAGUGCUACGGACAUUUUAUGACUAGCAACUCCUCACAAAGUAACUAUUUUGUGGUUGUGCCAGUGGCCCUUGAGGAGGUGGGUGAGUUGGGCAUAUACCAUUGGCAACCUUUCCAUGUAUCUUUAGGCUUGUCGCUCAUAAGUUCUAUGUUAGAAAUAGAAUGGGAAAGAUGUCCCUGUCAAGGUGGAACCAAAGACAGAAUGCUCAUAAUUGCUACCUCUCUUUUUCUUUCCCCAGGAAAAGUGUUGAAAUAGCCAGCAGUUUGGAAACAUAUGAUAAAGUUUUACAUCAUUCCUUGGGCUUUGCCAAUCCAGCUGUAGUUGAGUUUCUGGUAGGAAAACUAGGAUUGAAUGAAUCCAGCCCACCAUCCUUAAUGAGAGGACUACAAAGGUAUAUAAGGCACCUCUUCACAGAAAGUGUUGCAGUUCUUUUAAACCUUGGGCAGCUUCCAGGUUUACUUUAUUUUGAGAUUGCUCACUAAAGUGAAACUUCCAUUACUUUUAAAAAAAAACAAAAAGAGAGUGCAGGAAAAGCUCUUUUUCCAUUUGCAACUAAAUUAUUAUUAAACUUCCUCAACAAACAAAGCAAAUAGUUUAUAUUGGGCAACAGGUUAACGUUCUGAUCCACAACCAGAUUUAAACUAAUGCAGCCACCUAGUGUGGGUUAGUAAUAAUAAUAAUAAUAAUAAAUUUUAUUUAUAUCCCGCCCUCCCCAGCCGAAGCCGGGCUCAGGGCGGCUAACAACAAUAAAACAGUAUAAAAGUACAGCAUAAACAACACUCUAAAAUCAUUCAUUAUAAAAUUAAUUAAUUCAAGCCACUGGCAACCAUUGGGCCAGAGCUCCGCGAAGAUUGCCGAGGGAGGGAGUCAGGCUGUGCCCUGGCCAAAGGCCUGGUGGAACAGCUCUGUCUUGCAGGCCCUGUGGAAAGAUGUCAAGUCCUGCAGGGCCCUGGUCUCUUGUGACAGAGUGUUCCACCAGAUCGGAGCCACAUCCGAAAAAGCCCUGGCUCUAGUUGAGGCCAGCCUAACUUCUCUGUGGCCUGGGACCUUCAAGAUGUUUUUAUUUGAAGACCGUAAGUUUCUCUGUGGGGCAUACCAGGAGAGGCGGUCCCGUAGGUACGAGGGUCCUAGGCCGUAUAGGGCUUUAAAGGUUAAAACCAGCACCUUAAACCUGAUCCUGUACUCCACCGGGAGCCAGUGCAACUGGUAUAGCACCGGGUGAAUGUGAUCUCACAGCGAAGACCUCGUAAGGAGUCUCGCUGCAGCAUUCUGCACCCGCUGGAGUUUCUGGGUCAGUCUCAAUGGCAGCCCCACGUAGAGCGAGUUACAAUAAUCCAGUCUGGAGGUGACCAUCGCGUGGAUCACAGUGGCUAGGUCAGGGCGAGAGAGGUAAAGGAGCCAACUGCUUAGCUUGACGGAGAUGGAAAAAUGCCGCCUUUGUUAUAGCUGCAAUCUGCGCCUCCAUGGAAAGGGAGGUGUUGAAGAUUACACCCAAACUCUUAACGGACGGUGCUGGCACUAAUUGCGCCCCUGCAAGAGAUGGGAGUUGCCCCCCCCAUCCCCAUAUCGUCCCGUCCCAGCCAAAGGACCUCUGUCUUCGAAGGAUUUAGCUUCAACCGGCUCCCACGUAACCAUCCAGCCACAGCUUCCAAACAUCUGGUCAGUGUGUCUGGGGCCGAGUCAGGAUGGCCAUCCAUCAACAGAUAGAGUUGGGUGUCAUCGGCAUACUGAUGGCAACCCAGCCCAAAACUCCGAUCAAGCUGGGCGAGGGGGCGCAUAAAGAUGUUGAAAAGCAUCGGGGAGAGUAUCGCACCCUGAGGUACUCCACACACCAAGGAGUGGCACGAUGACAAUUUCCCCCCAAGCGCCACCCUCUGUCCCCGACCAGAGAGAAACAAGCGCAGCCAUUGAAGGACUGUACCCUGGAUCCCCACGUCGGCAAGGCGGUGGUCCAGAAGUUCGUGAUCGACCAUGUCGAAAGCUGCUGACAGAUCUAGAAGAAUCAGCAGCCCUGACCCGCCUCGAUCCAGCUGUCUACGAAGAUCAUCUGUUAGGGCAACCAGAGCCGUCUCGGUCCCAUGACCAGCGCGGAAGCCGGACUGGAAUGGAUCCAGAGCCGAUGUUUCAUCCAGAAACCCACCAAGCUGUUCAGCAACCGCUCUCUCAAUCACCUUACCCAGGAACGGAAGAUUCGAAACCGGGCGGUAAUUGGAUAGAUCUAAAGGAUCUAAUGAUGUUUUCUUUAAGAGCGGGCGCACCACUGCCUCCUUCAGUUCCCCUGGGAAUGUCCCCGUGCCAAGGGACAAAUUGAUGAUAUCCCCCAGGAGGUCCCGUACCUCUUCUGGACACGCUCUAAUCAGCCAAGACGGGCACGGUUAGUGACUAAAGGACUUGGGAGACCAGGGUUUAAAUUCCCCCUCAGCCAUAAAGCCUAACCUACCUCACAGGGUUAUUGUGGGAAUUAAAUGAAGAGGUGGAAAACCAUGUACAUCCCCUCCCCCCACUACACAUCAUCAUCAUCAUCAUUAUACCGUGCCUAUCUGGCUAGUUUCGCCAGCCACCCUGGGCAGCUUACAGCAUAAAAUUAAAAUAAAAUUUUUAUUUUCCAAAAUAACAAUACAAUAAUAAGAAUUGGGUACAAAUCUAGUUACGUAAUACUAUAUCCACUUAAAAUUACGUUAAUUGUGUAGUAUCAUCUCAAACAUACUCUUAAUACAUUAAUGGUUAAUAUAGCCUCUCCAUGGACAAAUCUGGGUAGUCGGUGGGAUGCCCUUACAUACAAAAAGAAAGGAGACAAAAGUUUCAAUAAAUGUAUCUCUUGGCAGUACCUUUUGCUACCUUUCUGUGCCUGAGUAGUUGCUCUGAGAUAGCCAUCUCCCAUAUGUUGCUGAACCUUAGAUUUCCAAAAGCGUGCGGCUGUCAAUAAAAAGAACCCUAAAUCUUCGUGUCAGAUAGUGAGGUCUUAAUCCAUUUUUAGUGAAAGCCGAGCUAAAGCCAGAUUUGGAAAUAAUCUUAGAAAUAAUAUCAGAAACUGUGGUCCAGAACAUAUGAGCAAUUUUGCGUUCCCACAAAACAUGGAAAUAGGAUCCAAAAUUACCACAGCCCCUCCAGCAGAGAGAGGAUAAGGAUUUAUUGAUUUUUGCUGAGUGAAUCAAAGUCAAAUGCCACCUGAGGACGACCUUCAGAGAAACUUAUUGAAGGCAAGAUAAAGAGGUUUUUAGGGGCAAGGUCCUCCUUUGCCUAUUUUGGCCUCACAUACUAAACGUUAACAUUUUUGCAUUUCCCAUAUAAUAUUCCACAAGCAUACACUAAAUCAGUGAAGCAGUGAGACUUGGUACAUAUCAAUUAAAAUACCAUCAGUCCUUUUGCUUUUCAUUCUAAAUGUUUUGCGGACAAACAAGACUGCAGCAGCUGGAGCCAGUUAGGGUAAAGGUUUUUUAGAUUUUCCUUUAGCCCUCCUUUAGUGAUCAGUUUACUUUUGAGCAGUAGGUCCCAUAUCCUGUAAAGACCUCUGUUUCACCUACCACUCUUUAUAUUUCUGAUACUUACCUUUCUGCCUAAAGGCAGGGUGCUCUAAAGAAGGAAUUAAUGGGGACAGCUCAGGGGCCAAAAUUUAGCUUUGAGUCUUCCAUGUAAAGAUUACUGAUUUUAAGAAGGGUGUUGUCGAUUCAGGUUGCAAGAAAGGAAGAACCUUCUGACAGAGCUGUUGGACAGUGGGACAGAUUCCCACAAGAGGUUGUGGACUCUCCUUCUUUGGAGGUUUUGUAGCAAAAGUUGGAUGGCCCCUGUCAUGUAUGAGCUAGUUGGGAUUCCUGCAUUGCAGGGGGUUGGACUAGAUGACCCUGGGAGGUAUCCAGCUCUUACGCGUCUAUGAUUUAAAUGUUCCUCGAUUUAUUUUUCUCCCCUAGUAAAAAUUUCAACGAAGAAGACUUUGCCAUUGCUUUGAGGAAAAAGCAAUCAGCCUCCUGGGCCUUAAAAUGGUAUGCACUUCUUCAUAUUGAUAGGCAAAUGUUUUAUGUAGGAUUGGAAAGAACUAUCAUUUUCCUCCCAGGAUCGUGAUAUUUGCUUGAAAUGGACAUUAGCUAUUUGUCAAGUUCCUCUGGUUGAUGAUUGGGAACCAUGCUGAGGUGCGUGUAAAGUGAGAACGUAGAUAAUUCAAGUGUGAUGAUACUUAACUAGCUUUCCCAUUUAGCCAUAUUUCUGGAUCAUGUACUUCUGGCUCACAAGGCUGGAGUGAGCUUUCCUAUCAUUGCAUGUGUUGUUUGUCUACAUGUGGAUAAAAGUGCUAAAUGUUACUUUGUUCCCCAUGGAGGAUCGAUGGGAGAUAAGGUUAGUCCCCAAAGAAUUCUGUCCUUAUCUUCAUGUAACUUGAGGAAACUCCACUGCAUUUUAAAACUGCUUUUUAAGGAAUUUGGAGAAAAUCUGCAAUGAUAAUGAGUGCAUUAGGCAGAUUUAGGAGCUAAAGAAAAUUAGGAAUGUCACUAGCCUUCACAGCUUAUCAAGUUUGAACUACUGCAGCAAAUUACCCAAUUAUUGAUUUGCAUAUAGAAACCAUAAUAUUCAUAAUGCCUUUUUUUUUUUAGUGUCAAGAUUGGUGUGGAUUAUUUCAAAGAAGGCCGCCAUGUGGAUGCUAUGAAUGAAUACAACAAGGCACUGGAAAUAGAUGUGCAAAAUGUUGAAGCCUUAGUAGCCCGUGGAGCUCUGUAAGUGUCUGUUUGAUUUGUAGCUGGAAUGCAGAAUUUUAAAUAAUUUUAUGAGCAAAUUUAAAAUAUUUGUACUUAACAAGGUUUUUCCCCCCCUUCUAGGUAUGCAACAAAAGGAAGCUUAAAUAAAGCAAUUGAUGAUUUUCAGGUUGCUCUAGAAAACUGUCCAACACACAGAAAUGCCAGGAAAUACCUUUGCCAAACGCUUGUUGAACGGGGAGGACAGUAAGUGUUGCCUUGUGACUGGGCCAAACAUAUAAGCGUCUUUCAUUUCCCCCCGCAGUACUGUACUUACAGGAUCCUUAGCCAAAGCUGUCGUGCUCAGGGAAGUCAGUGCUUUUUCCGACUCUCACACACAUUCAUUACUAUCUCAAAGACAAAGGAGAGGUGGGGAAAGUUAUCUGUGUCAACAAAACUUGCUAUUUUAGAGGGCUGGGAUUGAGGCACAGGCUCCUUUUGCUAAUGUCACUAUGUGGUUUGCCAGGAAAACCCAGCUCCAGUCAUACCCAUCCCACCAUACCUUGGCAUCUACUUUUUUCGUUGCUGUCCUUCCUACUAUAUGGUUGUGGGCAUCUGCUGCAUCUUGCAUCCUAACCUUUGUUUUAAAUAUAACUUCUUUUUAUCAUGCAAAAUGCUGGAUUCAAUUAGCAGAACUGUCAUUUCACUGCCAUCUCUUCCUAAGGAUUUCUGAACUAAACCAUACCUAGGAGACGCUUGAUUUUUUUUAGUGCAGUAACAUGUCGCACAAUCACCUCUGCUAUGAAAUUUGUUAUGCCUCGCUGUGCUCAGGUUCAAUCCAAUGUCAUUUGCAUGGCGGGAGGUACAUGGGAACGUGUUCCCACAUUGUUAUAAUGCUGGUGGAUUGAUCGCAAAGGAUGUCAGCGUUUCUUAAGCAUAAAGUGAUCUCAGUCUAAAAAUGUAGCUGAGGCUAAUUGUGGUAGUUAGAAUAUUUUACAUGUUGUAUAAAAUCAUCUGCCAGGUUAGAAGAGGAAGAUAAGCUGUUGAAUGCUGAGAGUUACUACAAGAAGGCUUUAAACAUAGAUGAGACCUUUCAAGAAGCCGAGGAUGCCUUGUUGAAACUUCGUAAGCAGAUGCAGGUGAUUCUUUACUUUCUCUUAGUUGACUGAGGUAAAUGCAUCAAGAGGCAUGCAUUAUUUUUUGUUCUUGCAAGUUUCCAUGGGUCAUUUAUUGGGAGCAUGGUUGCAGCCAUCAAACUGGAUGUGUGUGGAGUUUUUGAACUGCUGAUACAUCAGGGAUGGGGGAUGAUUUGAGAGAAGAGGUAAAAUAUGGCACUGAAGCUAGAUUCAAGAUGCCUCAAUCAGAUUAGUUCUGCCAACAGGACCUACCUAAUCUGAAAUUCAUAGUUACUCGGAAAUAAGCGUUGUUGGAAUUGAUUAAGCUUGUUUCUGAAGCACGUGUAUGCUUGGGAUCAGAUUGCAAGGUUGGCACAGGGAGGCUUACAAGAACUUGAUUCCAGCGGAACCAAAAUAAAUCCUGGAAAAGAAAAAAUUGCCUUUUCUUUUGGCACUGGUUCCAAUAACUUGGGAUAUUGAUCCAGCAACUAGAUUCAGCUUUCCUGCUCUGCCAUGAGCUUGCUGAUUACCUACAACUGAAUAUAAUUUUCAAAGAUCCUUAACCUACAGGGUUAGUUAGCAUGCCCUCAAAGUUUGGUAAUAAAAGUUUUCCAGAUGAGAUUUAUUUAUAGCGUGCAUGUUUGAAACACAUUGAGGGUCACUUUGUACGUGCCAGUAUUGGGCUUUCCCCCGCUACAUGCUGCCUCUCCUCCGUCAUGCAGAGAAGAAUACAUGCAAAGCGGGAUGCCAUGUCUAUUUUUACCGAGACAUUUCCACAUAACAUGCCAGCAAAAAGCAGCCUGUAAAUGGAAGCUUGGUAAAAAUAGACUCUGUGUCCCCCUUCGUAUAUGCACCUCUCUCCCCUUGGUGGGGAGCAUCAGACAGUGAGGGGGGAAAUCUAGACAAGCACAUGCAAAGUUGACUUGAGUUACUGCUGAGACUUAACAGUUGCCCUCCUGUAAUACUGAUGAUAUGUUUUUCUUCAAUGCAUUUUCCUCUGAACUGGAACUGUUGCUGCUGUGUCUGACCUCUGGUGCUGCUCAUCAACAACCCAUUGGAAUAUGAUUACGUGUGUAAACCAUGCAUCAAACUGGGCUGUGAUACGGUUGCCAUAUGGUUUGUAUUCAUACAUGGCCUCUUCCAAUUAUGUUUUAAUUUGGAUCACGUUUUACCCAAAAAUCCAAAUAAUGAUUAUUUCCUUGAUGCCUCUGUAUUUGGUUAAUUCUGUAUGGCCGACCACUUUGCUAUUUUUUCCAUUUAUGCCUUCUGAAUUACUAAUGUCAUUGUAUUGGGCAAUGGAUGCUAAUUCCCAUCUUGGUCCUUUUAUUAUUAUUCUCUUUUAAUGUAUGGGUUUUAAACUGCAAAUAUGGUCCUUAAUGCCAUACUUGUUCAUCUCAAUGCUUAACAUCCCAUUUGAACACAAUUAUUUUGCCUUGAAUACCUUUCUUUUUGGAUCUGAUACCUUGGGGUUGGUGUAAACUGUGUGAAUAUUGGGUGGAAUUUGGGGGGGAACCUUGGGUCAACACUGGCUUGUUAAUGGAAUAUUUUCAAUGUUGGGAUUCAAAAAAGAAAUCUCUGGAAAUGAGAGAGAAACAAGCUGCAAAAGAAGAGAGACAAAAAGAGAAGAAAAUAGAAACAAGUGCAGAAAAACUGCGUAAGCUCUUAAAAGAAGAAAAAAGGUAACCUCCAUCAUAUUCAACCUUCUAUAGAGCCUUGUUGGUACUGUAAGUAUAGUAAGGCAUUCGUGGUUAUUGGUGAGCUGAUUUUGUGGCGUGUGUGUGUGUCUUCUUUCUAGUGAAAAAAGCUAAUGAGAACCUUCACAAGAGUUACUUCUUUUUUUAAAGUCUCAGGGAAUAAAUGAGGAAGAUUAAAGCAUGAAGUUCCUUUGUAAUGACAGCUGAACUCUGAGGCAUAGUUUUGAAUGCCCUAAGCAUUAUUUCAUUCACAUUUCAUAAGAGAACAGAAUGGGUUGCUCUUAACCAGGUAUUUAGACUGCAUUGUAGGGUUACAGCAAUCAGUACACUAUGAACAAGCCUGGACUUACAGUGGCUUGUAUGGAAUGAAACUAACCAUGAAAUCUGGGGUCAUUUGUUUCCUUCUAGUGGUAUUGGGGAGCAGCGAAGUGAGUGCAAGUCAUUCAUGCAUGGUAACCCAUUAUGGCUUACUGUGACAUGAAAAUGGACAUUAAGGGAUCUUAACCACAGAGGGUGGGGAAAAUGUGACCUCUUGUUAUAUACAAAAUGUCUGGUUAUAAGCAAGUCUUGUACUCUUUUGCAUUGAUGAUACAGGAUAAUAUCUAUAAGACAAUGGAAAGAAAAUUCCUUUGGCCCUACUCCUCUUUUUGUACCAUUCACCAUAUGCAACCUUUUGUUUCUUGGAGCAUACAAUCCUUGGGAACCUGACAGAAAUUAAACAGAAGCAACCUGUGCAGUCAUUACACUCAUGUGAAGAAGCAAAACAUACCUUUCCCAAUUUCAAAUCUUUAGGCACCAGUAUUGAAUCACUCAAUUUAGUCUUUCAUAGGUAAAGCUGAAUAACUGCCAAAAUUGUUUAUACAGUACCAUAACUGUAUAUAGUACUUUAGAAUAAACAUAGGUCAAUACUCUUGUAAGGUUACAGUCUAUAUUGUGACCCAGGUGAAGAAAGCAGAAAAGAGAAGGGGAAGAGACAAAAAUAGUAUGAGAUGAAUGUGAGGAAAUAGAGUUUCACACAUCAGAGCUUAAAGAUUAAGGGGUUGAGGCAAAACUUUAUUGGAAAAAUAUUAGUUUUGAGGAAGGGGGAACAUAAGGCAAGGCAAGAAAGGAAGUGUAUAUGGCAUUUCAGUUAGGAAUCUAAUGAGUGUUGGUAAGCAAAAUCAGACACUAUACUGAACUUAAUCCACUGUUUAUUAUUUUUUUAAGGGGAGGGUAAAGCAAUUCCUACAGCAGCUGCAUGGUCUUCAAAUACUGUUUUACCUUUUAGUGCAGGCAUCCCCAACCUUCAGCCCUCCAGAUGUUUUGGACUACAAUUCCCAUCAUCCCUGACCACUGGUCCUGUUAGCUAGGGAUCAUGAGAGUUUUAGGCCAAAACAUCUGGAGGGCCGCAGGUUGGUGAUGCCUGUUUUAGUGUUGCUACUUGGUUGGUAAUUUUGGUCAUCUUGAUGAGAUGAGUAAUAGUCAAGCUUCUGAACCUGACUACCAGGAAAUUUUUAAACCAUAAAAUGUAUAUAGUUCAACAGCUAAGUAGGAAAUAUUUGCCAAAAAAUACUGCAUUUUUAAUGCUAACAGCAUUACCUCAUGGUUAAUUAAAACUUUUAGGUUGAAGAAGAAAAAGAAAAGGUCAACUUCCUCUUCCUCCUGCAGUUCUUCAUCAGAUGAAUCUGCCUCCUCCUCUUCCUCUUCCGAUAACAAAAAGCGUAAGAAAAGGAGUCGGAACAGGUCCGAGUCCUCACGCAGCUCUAAAAAGCACACAUCUAGGAGUUUCUUACAUCAGAGUAGGAAAGAUGACUGCUACUCUCCUCCAGCCAAUACCUCUGCUUCUUUCCUUAAUCAAAAGCAUGAAAUGGAGAAACUGCUGGAGAGACAGGACAGGUUAAUCUAUCAAAAGACUGAGGUAAGAGAGAGAGAUCACACUCUAUCAAGGACUUCUGCCGCUGAAGAUAUUUAUGGAGGUAGGUCUGAAGAUUCUAGAGAGUCCUACAGCAGUUCCAAGACUCAGGCAAAUAGUAACACAACUGAAAAACAGGGUAAGUUAGAUAGAGUUUCUUCUGAUAGGAGGGAUAGUACAGGUUCGUAUCGUAGAAAGUCUGAUGACAGGAACAAGAUGAGAUAUUCAGGAAAAUUAGAAAAAGAAUCAAAGAAGGAGCAUUAUCAGAAGUACAGCCCAAGCCAAACAAAGUACUCCACAUCUCCAACAGGGUCCGAUUACUCAACAAAAUCAGUUGAACACUACAACCGAUAUACUAGCCAAUGGAUAAAUGAGCCUAGUAGGUACAGUGCUGACAACAGACCUGAGUUGGCGUGGAUUAAAGGUGAGAGAGAACCCAAGAGCAGGGAAAGGGAAACCACAAAAGCCAAGGAGCGAGAUGAAGAAGCAACACUCAAUGGUAAAGGACAGUCUGGAACUGGUGCUAAGAAACAACUGCCUCAGAAUUUGGUCAACAUAUUUAAUCAGAUUGCUGAAUUUGAGCGAGAAAAGGGAAGUAAACAGAAAAACCAGUGAUUUUUUUUUUUUAAGGUGCAAGUAUAGUUCAGCUUCUAAUCACUUGAUGAGUCUGUACUCUUAAUGGGGAAAAAUAGGGGGGGGGGGGGUAUUUCUGUUCCCUCUACUUGAUAUUGAUUUAGGGAAUGGCGAAUAUGCAAGAGUUACAUCAUAUCUUUUUUUAAAAAAAAAUUCUUUUGCUGUUUUGGAUAUUCAUAUGUGAUAGCGUGAUUGGCUGAGAAACUUUACUACUACUAAGACUGCCACCUGUGCUUAAUUGGCAUCUAAAUUGCACUUUACAGAAGGAAUAUUUCCAAGGCAUCAAUGACUGUUAACUUUGUAUUGUUAAUAAAAACAAAAAUGUGCCAUUAGUGUGUAAAUAGCCUGUCUUGCCAUUAAAUUUUUUAUAAAACUUC